UGGCAACCCCCAGCCUGAGGUCCCACGGGCUCCUAACACUCUCUGCCCCAGCUGUAGCCACUCCAGGCUGAGCCACUUCCUACCCCAAGCGCUCGGCAAGCUGCAGACAGGAUCUCUGUUUCCCGAGACAGUCAAGGAUAGAGCCAUGCUCCGGGCAGUUAACAUGUCCCUACUGCCCCUCGCAGGGUGCACCCUGGGCACCCAUCUUGAACCUGAGCCUGAGUCCCCCGUCUAGUUACUGCCCCUAGCCCCAGUAGCCGGUUGCUUCCUCCUGGUAGCCCCGCCUCCUCCCUGACCCACUGUCUGGGUGGCCCAGUCACCAGCUGGGGGGACUGGUCCAACAGCAUUCCUCCUCACAGGAUAAAACCUGGGGCGACCUGCAGGGAACCCGACACUACAGCCACCUGCCCUGCCAGUCAGAGCCAGCACAGCCCUUAGGUCCUUGGAGAUGGUCAGCAGCCUCGCUGGGGCUCCACCCCUAGCGGUGAUUUCCAGAUCUCCCCCCGCACUGGGUGGGGACCAGUUCAGGAUCACAAUCUUUCUGGCGCUGCUGACUUCCACAGCUACCCUCGGUGCUGCCCACAUCCCAGUGUCUCCAGACUGUGGCAAGCCUCAGCAGCUGAACCGCGUCGUGGGUGGUGAGGACAGCGUGGAUGCCCAGUGGCCUUGGAUUGUUAGCAUCCUCAAGAAUGGCUCCCACCACUGUGCAGGCUCCUUGCUCACCAACCGCUGGGUGGUCACGGCUGCGCACUGCUUCAAGAGCGUGGACAAGCCAUCUCUGUUCUCAGUAUUAUUGGGGGCCUGGCAGCUGGAAAACCCAGGCCCAAGGUCCCAGCAAGUGGGUAUUGCUUGGGUGCUGCCCCACCCUAGGUAUUCUUGGAGGGAAGGAACCCGUGCAGACAUUGCCCUGGUGCGCCUGGAACACUCUAUCCAAUUCUCUGAGCGGAUCCUGCCCAUCUGCCUGCCCGACUCUUCCGUACGGCUCCCUCCCAACACCGACUGCUGGAUUGCAGGCUGGGGCAGCAUCCGUGAUGGAGUGCCCCUGCCCCGCCCUCAGACCCUUCAGAAGCUGAAGGUGCCCAUCAUUGACUCCGAAGUCUGCAAACGCUUGUACUGGCGGGGUGCAGGGCAAGAGGCCAUCACCGAGGACAUGCUGUGUGCUGGUUACCUGGAAGGGGAGCGGGAUGCUUGUCUGGGCGACUCUGGGGGUCCUCUGAUGUGCCAGGUGGGUGACUCCUGGCUACUGACGGGAAUUAUCAGCUGGGGAGAAGGCUGCGCGGAGCGCAACCGGCCCGGAGUCUACACCAGCCUCCUAGCUCACCGCCCCUGGGUGCAGAGGAUCGUGCAAGGGGUGCAGCUGCGCGGGCGCUUGGCGGACCGUGGGGACACCAGGAGCUCCUAGUUGGGAUCUGGAGAACAGCCUCUUGCUGGUCUUUCGGCUGUAAAUAUGUCUUCUACCUCCGGGGGGCGCCAGUGGCCUGUAGGAAGAACUGGGAAGUCCCGGCCCCUUCCACAGCGAGGCCCCGCCCCUCAAUUGAGGACUGAGGACUGUGUGUGUGUGUGUGUGUUUAUGUUCUUUUUUACAGUUAUUUGUAACCAUGCCACAUAUUUAUUCCAGUUUCAAUAAAUUAUUUA